ACUUGCCGGCUCGUUAAUAGUUGAUGGUGUCCAAGUAGCGAGAAAGCGGGCAACGUUUAUAUCAUCUGCAAUGCACGUUUCGUUUCGCGUCUCUGUAUUUUUGUUGGCCGCGAGAAUAACAGGCUUGUUGAGGCUCGUGAAUAAAAGAUCAAAGGGGAGAACGUAUGCACGUGAGCGGGCGUGACGUGUCUUCGCGUACGCGCCACGAUAAAUCGAAUUCGGGGGGGAAGGAAGUGGACGAAAAGCAGAGGAAGUAUCAUCGUCGAUAGGAAAGUGUCGAGAGAACUGGCGGCGAGAAAUGCGCGAGAAGGAUUCGAUCGGGAAGCACGUUCGGAAUUUCAUGGUGCAGGAGACGGUGUUGAAAGUGAUUGGUAUCUGGCCGACGAGAGAUGGAUCCUCCUUUGGCCGAUGGAUUUUCGCAGUGAUGACGCAGAUCAGUACUAUCUGCAGCCUGUCUAUGGAGGUUUAUCGACACUGUCUCGACGUCGACGACACGAUGGACGCGUUCGUUAUGGACCUCUCCUCCGUUGUCAGCCUCGCGAAACUAUUGAUCAUGCGCUGGAAUUCGAGGCACGCUUACACUCUUGUAGAUUCGGUUGUAAAAGACUGGUCAGUCGUUGACGACUCUCGUCACGAGGACGUUAUGACGAAAUACUUUAAGAGAGGGCGAAUCGUUUCGUUGAUGAUAUUGUACCUGGGUUAUGCUUCUGGACUGUCCUUCAUCGUCAAAGCCUUACCUUUCGCAGAUAUCCUGUCUAUGAAGACGUCGCGAAACACGGCGAACUCAACGGCGAGCCUAAAGAGUUCCUUGAAAUUGAAUUACUUUUUGGCAACCUACUGCGUGUUCGGGCCGCAACCGUUGCUCCAUCACAUUUGCGUGCUGGUGUUGCAAGCAAUGCACAUUUUUGUCAACGCUGUAGCUCACUGCGCCAACGACGGCCUGUUCUUCAGUUUGACGAUGCAUCUCUGCGGCCAGUUCGAGAUUCUCAAGAUGAAUUUUGCCAAGUUCGAGAUCGGGGAGCUCGGUGGCGAGAAAAAGCUGCGAAUUCUCGUGAAGCGGCACUGUCAGCUGGCGGUGUUGGCCAACGAUCUCGAGCAGACUUUCAAUAUGAUCGUAUUGAUACAGCUACUGAUGAGCGCGUUACUGAUUUGCGUAGACGGUUUCGUGUUCCUGGCCUGCCUGGGCACAGGAGACAACGUCGGCGCACUGAAAAGCGUGGUGCUGAUGGUGACGUUGCUCAUCCAGUUGUACCUUUACGCCUACGCUGGCGACGCACUCGAGUCCCGAACCGAGGAAAUCGCGCAGGCCGUCUAUCAGUCGCUCUGGUAUCGAUCACGAGGACGCGCGGCAAGGGACCUGGUGUUGAUAAUCAAUCGUGGAAACCUGUCGUGCCAUUUGACAGCCGGGAAAUUCCUCUCGAUGAACAUAUUCACUUUCAAAGAGAUACUAAAGACGUCCGCCUCCUAUCUGUCCGUUCUGAAAGUAAUGAUGAAAACAAGUGCAAUUGGUUGUUACACUGGAAGAAAGGAAGGGAAAGUUAUGGAAUCGUUGGUCGAUCCUCGUCUUGCAAAGAUGAAGACGACGUUGAGCAAAGAUUUCGUUUAUGCGAUGACACCGUUCAAGUUGCUGUCGUGGCCCGUGGGUACCUGGCCCCUUCAGAAUUACGAUAUCUUCGCCUUUAUGCGUACCGUGAUCACGCUUAUACUUCUGUCGUUAAUGAUUGCAAUCCUGCAUACGGAGCUCUAUUUUGACAGCAGCGACGCCGAGAAGAAUCUCGAUAGUGUAGUGUUAAUUGCCUGCGGCAGUUUAGCCAUUACGAAGGUGGCGAGCUUUCGUAUUUGGCCUAUGGGUUUGAUUUAUAAUUUUACUUCGGCCAUCAGAGACUACAAUGAGCUUAGAGACGAAGAGAAACGAGCAAUUGUACGAAAGCAUGCAUACAUGGGCCGAAUGGCGUGUAUCCUCAUGAUGGGUGGCGCGUAUGCCAGUGCGACACUUGUGAUGGCUGUGCCUGUACUGGUUGGAGAGAGGCUAGAAAAUAUAGUCAACGUAACGGAAGAAAAGACACUGAAGUACCCUAUGCCUAGCAACCACGUAAUGGAGUUUGUAAAAAUGCCGGACAGCUUGUACUUUGUAGUCUUCAUCACAGAGUUUUUCGCGAUGAUAGUCACGUGCACUGGGAAUGUAGGCAGCGAUGUGUUAUUCCUCGGUAUCAGUUUCCACGUGUGCGGUCAGAUAGAAAUCCUGAAGCUAGAAUUUAAUCAAUUGGCCAAUAGGAACGAGAAGACAAUGGGACACUUGGUUGCAUUAGUCAGAAGACACGUUGACUUACUGAAUAUGGUCAAGAUGCUGAACGAGACGAUUGGCUCUGCCUUGAUCAUGCAGCUAUUCUUCAGCUGUGUACUUAUUUGCACAAGCGGAUUCCAAUUCAUUCUCGCUUUAAGCAUCGGGAACAUCGUCAUGAUCUUAAAAACAUUUAUAUUAAUAAACACUUUGCUGCUGCAAUUGUUCAUGUACAGUUACAUAGGCGAAUACUUAAAGCGUCGAAUGGAAGGCAUCGGUAACUCGCUGUACUUCUGCAGAUGGUACGAUAUACCGAGAAACGUGGUGAAAGACAUGAUUUACGUGAUCAUGAAGGCUCAAGAUCCGGUUUUCUUAAAGGCCGGGAAACUCUUCGUCAUUAAUCUCCAAACGUACAUGUCUAUCGUCAAAUCUUCGAUGUCGUAUCUCUCUGUUCUUCGAGUAAUGGUGAAUACGUGAAAUUCUGU